AUGUGUCAAUGGAUCUCCAACAAGAUGGAGAGGAACGCGCGGUGGGUGAACCGAGUCUGGUUCUCAGACGAGGCUCACUUCCACCUGAACGGUGCGGUGAACAACCACAACAACACUUUCUGGGGUAACUCACCACCGGAAGAAGUAACGGAGAAGCAGCUGAAGGGCCCGAAGGUCACUGCCUUCGUGGCCUACUACGCCACUCACGGCCUCCUCGGUCCCUACUGGUUCGAAGAAGAUGGCCGGACCGUCACCAUCAAUGGCGAGCGCUACCGCGAGGUCAUCCGGGAAUUCUACGCGGAUCUGACCGAUAUGCUCACCGAUAACCAACUGCAACAGGCAUGGUUCAUGCAAGACGGAGCUCCGCCUCACACUGCGCGUGAGAGUAUCGAAUGCCUUAAGGAGCUGUUCAACGCUCGCCUCAUGUCUCUCGGCACCGCCCAUGAGUGGGCUCCCCACAGCCCUGAUCUCAACCCGCUAGACUUUUGGCUGUGGGGGGCUGCCAAGGACACUGUGUACGCAGGCAAGCCCAAGACACUGGUCCAGCUUAAGCAGAACGUCGAAAGAUACCUGCAUCAAGUCGGUCCCGAGACUCUGACGAAAGUCGCUGAGAGUUUCCAGGCCAGAAUCAAGGCGUGUCUCAACCGCGGUGGUGCCCAUAUCGAGAACGUGAACUACAAGAAGUUCGCGUAA